AUUGAUAAACAACAAACAGUGACAUGAAACAUUGAUUGCUUAUUGUUCUUAAGGAAAUAUUAAAUUAAAAUUUGUUUUGUUCGGAAAAUAUGGCCCGAAAUUACUUUUUAUAUUCCGUGUGUGUUAUCCUAUCAUUUGCUGGUUUAAUAGCAGCACAAUCAACAAAUACAAACGUCUCACGAUGCUUCCAGUUCACUUGGCUAGGCCCUCGAUGGAAUAAUGAGAGUAUUUUCUUGAACGCCACUUGUCAAGACGCUACCAAUCUCGCAAAGGGCGUACCAUGCUCCGAACCAUUGGUUGUCUCCUAUGAUGGAUCAUGGCCUGAUAUUGAGUACAUUUGGAGAAAUCACCUAGCAAAUGCUUCAUGUGUACUUGCUGACAAUGACGUGUGUGCUCAACACACCUAUUAUUUUAAUGGACGAGUUGACAAUUCGACAUAUUUGUGCACGAGAGCGGUGGACGAAAAGGGAAAUGCCAUUACAAGCGGCUGUUACGAACAAAGAAAUGGUAGUUUUGUGACCAGAUCCUGCUUUUGCCGCUCUGUACCUAAAAUGUACUCCGUGCUAACAAGAGGAAAUGCGAUAUUGACGUACACAUUAAGUGUGCUAGCAUGUUUAACCUUUUUAUGUUUUUUAUCCACUUUAACUGUUGAUUACAGAACUGCUGCUCAAAUGAACACAGUUAAAGUAGUCGUUAAAAAUGUACCAGAUUAUGGGGCAUCAAGGGAAAGGAAUGAUCUCGGUUUCCUAACUUUCGAUCUUAAGACGGAUCUCUCUCACCUGUUCAACUGGAACGUAAAGCAACUGUUCCUCUAUCUUACUGCUGAGUACAUAUCACCUAACAAUGAACUCAACCAGGUUGUGCUAUGGGACAAAAUUAUCCUCAGGGGCGAAAAUGCUCUCUUAGACUUCAAGAACAUGAACACCAAAUACUACUUCUGGGAUGAUGGUAAUGGUUUAAAAGGCCACAACAACGUCACCCUAACCCUCUCAUGGAACAUCAUUCCCAACGCUGGACUGCUGCCAAACAUCCAGGCCAUUGGCCAACACUCCUUCAAGUUCCCAACAGACUACACCCAGACAAGGGUAUGAUCCAUAAGCUACGUAUGAAUGUUGCAUCAUGUGGUGGAUCUCCGAUAGUUGUGUUACAUUAAGAUUGUCAAAUAUACCACUUUGUCACA